CCUGUAAAUCACAAUUCAAAAUCACAAAUUUGUUUCAAUAUACAUAAAGAAAUCAUGUUGAACAAAUUCGCCCGCUGCUUAGGAUGUCACCAGCGCAGCAACGGUUAUUCCGCUUUUCAUCAUGAAACCUGGCAAUCUCAAGACGACUAUCAGGAUUCAGGAGAGUUAUUCCAUGGUCAAUGCCUACAUGGGUUCUACUCCUCCACCCCCCAAUCCCCAGAUGAUGUUUGAGGGGGUCACUUUACAUCAGGAAGCCUGGAACGACGACAAAAAGAUGAGCCAAAAUCUAAUAGGGCGUGGCGGAAGUCUGUCUCAGAGUGGGUGGGAAGGCAGAGCUGCAGCUGGGAUCGGGCAUGGCAGUAGCUUUGACGAGAAGAACGGGUUCAAUUGUGUGGACGGGUGUAUGGCGCAAUAUCAGACUUGCAUUAACAUGGUGGCUAGUUCUCCGGGGACGGUGACGUAUGAAGCGGUUAGAUAUGAAUGGGAAGAUGAGGAUUCGUGUCGUCGGCGGCGGUUAGACGAUGGUACCAAGUGGCAGUGCAGUGGCUACCGUCAGAAUUGGCAAAACCCCCACUUAAGCCCUCAAACUUACCCCAAAAUAGUAUUUAAGCCCCUAAAUUAAAAAUGAAGCGGAUUAGCCCUCUAACUUCACCAAUGAUGCAAAUAAGGCCUUCUCAUUCAUGAGUGUUCAUACUUUCAAUGUGAUAUUUAACAUGAAAUACUGUUUGACUCAUUGUGAGAAGAGUUUAUUUGUAUUAUUAAUAAAGUCAGAGGGUUUGU